GCUAACAAAUAAGCUCGCACAAAAAUGGCGGUGAGACACGUUGGGUAUAAAAACAAACCAAUGGCGUCACAAAUUCCGCUGUAAUUUCAACAAACCAAUCAAAGCUUGCUUUGAAGUUCGAGCUCCCAAUUUGACGGCCAUGGGAAAUUCAAGGAUUUCAGUAAUCCCUCUCCUCUUUUUCUUCUUCCUAUUAGCCAACUCCGCUCCAAUUACACAUCUCCCUGGUUUCUCCGGUUCUCUCCCUUCCAAGCACUACUCUGGGUAUGUGGAAAUCAAUAAGGAGCACGGCAGGAAUCUCUUCUAUUACUUCGUUGAAUCGGAGAGAAAUCCGGUUGAAGAUCCGGUGGUUCUUUGGCUCAAUGGCGGCCCUGGAUGCUCCAGUUUCGAUGGAUUCGUUUAUGAACACGGACCAUUCAACUUUGAAGCAGCAAGCACCCCGGGCGGCCUUCCAACACUUCAUCUUAAUCCAUACAGCUGGUCGAAGGUCUCCAACAUCAUAUAUUUGGAUUCGCCUGCUGGAGUUGGGUUUUCUUAUUCAAAAAAUGAAUCUGACUAUACUACCGGUGAUGUGCAAACUGCUCUUGAUUCACAUAAGUUUCUCCUUGAGUGGUUCAAACUGUUCCCUCAGUUCCUGCCUAACCCAUUUUACAUUGCUGGAGAGUCAUAUGCAGGAAUAUAUGUGCCAACUCUUGCCACCCAAGUUUUUAAAGGAUUAGAGACUGGUGUAAAGCCCAUUCUGAAUUUCAAGGGUUACUUAGUUGGAAAUGGAGUUGCAGAUGAUCUCAUUGAUGGAAAUGCUCUUGUUCCAUUUGCCCACGGGAUGGGCCUGAUCUCUGAUGAGCUGUUUCAGGCCGUUGAAGAAACAUGCAAAGGGAACUACUAUGAACCCAGUGAUAAUGCCUGUAGGGACAAGCUUGACAGAGUUGAUGAGUUGAUUGAUGACUUAAACAUAUACAACAUUUUGGAACCUUGCUACCAUGCCCCGGAGAAGAUAAGGACUGUAAAUAUCGAGUUGCCAAGCAGCUUCCGAUUGCUCGGUGAGACCGAGAGGCCACUUGCUGUGAGGAAAAGGAUGUUUGGUCGAGCCUGGCCACUCAGGGCUCCUGUGAGAGCAGGCAUUGUUCCAAGUUGGUCAAAACUUCUUGAUAGCCUCGAAGUUCCAUGCACUAGCGAUGAAGUUGCAACGGCAUGGUUGAAUAAUGAAGCAGUGAGGAAAGCAAUCCAUGCAGACACAAGUUUGUCGGGCACCUGGGAGCUGUGCACUGAUAGACUUGAUUUUGACCAUGAUGCUGGAAGCAUGAUCCCAUUCCACAGAAACCUUACCUUGAAAGGAUAUCGAGCUCUUAUUUACAGUGGCGAUCAUGAUAUGUGUGUUCCAUUCACUGGGAGCGAAGCGUGGGUUCGAUCACUUGGAUACAAGGUCAACGACCCAUGGAGGCCAUGGAUGUCGAACGAACAAGUUGCCGGGUACUUGCGAGGCUACGAAAACAAUCUCAUUUUUCUUACCGUCAAGGGAUCUGGACAUACCGUACCUGAGUACAAGCCACGUGAAGCUUUAGAUUUUUACCAGCGAUUUUUAGCUGGAGAAGCAAUUUGAGAAAGGGUAAUGUUUGCUGUAAUUGUACUCUACUAUGUUAGAACUUGAUAAAUAAAUCACAAGAACACCGUUAGUUCUUGCUCUGUGCUUUAGGCUAUAUGCAUUAUCCUAUGAAACUAAGCCCAUUCAAAUAUUGCCACAUUUGUUUUUGUGAAGGCCAAGGCUUGAGGCUAUUUUAGGAGGGGAAGGAGUUUAGGUCAGAUGACCAUAGGGUUGUACGCAGGUCGGUUCGGUUUGGUUUGGUUUAUGGACAAAACCGAAGUUGAACUGUAAAAAUUGAAGUAGGAAAUGAGCAAACUGAGUUGAUUCAUUUCUUUUU